GGCCAAAUACUCAAGGUCUCCACUCUAUCCCAUAUUCCAAACCCUCUGAAAAUGGCCGGUGCCGGAAUCCACCCCUACCACCAGCAGUGGCCGCCGGCCCCGGCUCCUCAGCCCUCCGCCCCCGGAGCCCCUCCUGCCCCCGCCCACCCUCCUCCCAUUCUCGUCGAAAACCCUAACCGGCCCAACUCCGACGAGGUACGUACGAUCUUCAUCUCGGGUCUACCUGAGGACGUGAAGGAGAGGGAGCUCCAGAAUCUGCUGAGGUGGUUGCCGGGAUACGAGGCUUCGCAGGUGAAUUUCAAGGGGGAGCAUCCCAUGGGUUUCGCGCUUUUCUCCACGCCCCAGCUCGCGGUCGCUGCCAAAGAUGCGCUUCAGGAAAUGGUUUUUGAUGCAGAGUCAAAGUCAGUAUUGCACACCGAAAUGGCAAAGAAGAACCUUUUUGUUAAAAGAGGAAUAGUAGCAGAUUCAAGUGCAUAUGAUCAAAGUAAGCGCUUGAGAACUGGUGGUGACUACACGCAUACGGGUUAUUCAAGUCCAUCUCCUUUUCAUCCUCCUCCAGCACCUGUUUGGGGACCACAUGGGUAUAUGGCUCCAGCUCCUCCUCCAUAUGACCCAUAUGGAGCUUACCCUGUCCCUCCAGUACCAAUGCCUGCUCCUGCUCCUGUACCAGCACCCAGCAGUUAUGUGCCUGUUCAGAAUACAAAAGAUAAUCCUCCUUGCAAUACCCUAUUUAUUGGAAAUCUUGGGGAGAACAUAAAUGAGGAAGAACUGAGGGGUCUUUUCAGUGUACAACCAGGUUUUAAGCAGAUGAAGAUCUUAAGACAGGAAAGACAUACUGUUUGCUUCAUUGAAUUUGAAGACAUGAAUACUGCUACCAAUGUGCACCAUAGUUUGCAGGGUGCUGUUAUCCCCAGUUCAGGUUCUGUUGGCAUGCGAAUACAAUAUUCAAAGAACCCAUUUGGGAAAAGGAAGGACUCUGGCCACCCUGUUGCCGUAGCUGGUGCCAAUGGAGCUCCUGCACCUCCGACUUACCAAUAGCUGGAAGGGGAUGUACUCUGUUCUUUAAGUUCCGCAAAUACAACUACUACAUGAUAGGAUGCAUCAUGCAGCUGUUGCAUGCAUCCAUUUCAUUGUCAGGUCAUCAGCAUUAGCAUCUCCUCAUGUGAUUGAAUGCACAUAGUGGUAUCAUGAACAUAGCAUUGAGCCCAUGUUAUGCUAAGUUGUUCAAGACAUGCAUUUGUCACCAGUAUCUGAGACCCGAAGAUCAUAGCAGGACUCAUAUUUUGUUGUUUUGUUGAAUUUGUAUGCUGUUUCACCCCAUCUUGACCAUGCUGUUCAUCAACAUUAGGACUGCUUCUCUAAAUAGACAUAUCGCAAUAUUACCUUUUUUCUCGUCUAGAUUCAAUUACAUUACAUGACAUCUGAAGAUGAUCCUAUGAGUUUCAUUUCAUGGCACGAGGUCAUUAUGAUAUGGAAAAUCUAGGAACUCACGACAUCGAGCAUGAGGUCCCAUUACCAUUGCCAUUGCGUCCAUAACUUGAAUCCAUCAUCCCUCCAUCAAUUUAAGCAGAGAACUGAUAAUGAUGCUUUAACAUUCAGGCUCCUCAAAGCAUAAUAACCCGAAGAAUGUCAGAAAAUAUAUGGUGCUGUAAUAAUGCAGGAAUUAUCAUACAAAAUGACAAAGCUUUCAUUCGUUUGAAGAGGUUCCAAGUGCUGAAGCUGCUCCUUGUUUCAGGUAAUUUACUCUAACAACCAGACUACCAAUUCAUUAUCCCCCUACAAAGAUUUUAGCUAUGCAGCUCAUAUAGGGUAAAACCUUUGUUUCAUUUUUUAACUGAAGCUGGCAUGAGAUCAAUGGCCAAGCUUGGGAUAACAUGUUAAAGGCAGCAGGUUUCAGCACUCCUUAUGAUUGUGAGAAACUUAUUUUCAAUUUGAUGUUGAAAAUGAACAUUUUUUGUGGCUCAAAUAUAAAAUUAAUAUGAAAAAUAAGAUAUCAUUACUUUAGAACUGUUCCACUUUUUUGAAACCUUUAAGAUUAAACAAUUUAUUUUCUAUCCUUUCUUUUUGGCUAGUGGAUGUUGCUAUCUUAGCUACUUAACUGUCAGAAUAUAUUAUUCUUUAGUUCAUUCAUCAAGGGAAUCUAAUCUUUCACUGGUCAUUCACAUACUGACAUAUGGUUCAAUCAGAAGUAGACAGUGGUUUAGCUAUCAUGAAAAUGUAAUCACAGAGCUCCUGUUUCUUAAAAUCUCUGAUUACAACAUGUAAGAGAGCGACAGGUUUCAUUUGAACCGUAGAUUGAAUUUAUGAUGUUAAAAACCCCUUCUUGGAGGCCAUUGCUGCUGCAGAUUACUCAAAAUUUCAGCUUCCCUUGUACUUGUUGAUUGCUUAACUAAUUUUUGGCAAAAUUCCCCCCCCCCCCUCUUUGCAGAGGCAGAACAAAAUGCACCAAAAUGGGAAGAUCAGCAUGUUAGAACCUUCAGUUUUUUUAUGGUACAAAUUUGUUAUAAGUUUGGGUGAUCAUAUUCACUUAAAAAAUGGAAUUUCUUGGUGGCUUGUUUGUUUAUUUGCACAAUCUGGACUUGGAAAAAUCUGGUUUUGGAGGCAGAGCUCAUGAUUUUGGAAGAGUAUUCAUAUAUGCAUUUAGACCGCUAUCGAUCAGCAAUCCCGAAUUAGUGGUUACAUAGGAGAGAUGAAUUUAACACCUCUUGUUUUGUAGCUUAUGAGCCUAAAUUUGUGGAUAUAAGGUGUUUACUGAACUGAUGAUCCAUGUGUCAUUUCAUCAAAAGUUUCCAGGUGAAAAAAAAAAACUCUUUAGAUAUUAUUGGAGUCAUUGUAGGAGUUUUUCUUUUGCUCAUCACAUACUUUAAGAUGCCAUGAAGGGUUUUGCCAAUGGUAGUGUUGGAGCAUGCAGUUUCAAGGAAAGCGUAAUAUGAAUGUCAUUUGUCAA